ACUAAGCACCUGCUUAUUAGUAUAUAAUCUUAUACAACUUUCAAUACCUUUAUCAGUUGUGCUCAAAUACACAAAACAUUCAAAAAUUACAAAUUUUUAAAAAAAAUUCAUCAAAAUCUACAAAAAAUGGAACUCUUCUGUGAAUAUUCAACAGUCUCACCAUUCUACACCGACGAGGACAUUUACAAGUGUGAAGUCAUUGGAAUCAACAGAAUUGCAUCAAAUGGACGUGUCCUCAACAUCCAUGGAACUCAUCCAGAUGGCAAAUCUAAUGCUGAUGUCAACACAUUGACAAUUUUUGAUCAUCAAAUUGAAAACUUUCCACGUUAUUUGUGCAAUUUCUUCCCAAAUUUAAAGUCAAUUUCCGUCCUUUGUUGUGGAUUGAAGAAAUUAUCAAAAUUUGACUUUAUCGGAUGUGAAGGAAUUGAAAAGUUGAUGUUGAAUGGAAAUUUAAUCAAGUCUGUGGCUCCGGAUGUCUUUGAAUAUGCUUCAAAUUUAGAAAUAAUUUCAUUUUUUAUGAAUCAAAUUUCAUUUGUGCCUGAAAUUGUCUUUGAUGGACUUAAAAUGUUGAAAUAUGUCAAUUUUAAAAUGAAUCCAGGCAUUGAUUGGUGCUGCAAGGAGUUUGGACAACAAGGAAAUUUAUUGGCAGAAAUUAAGGUGAAGUUGAGGAAGGAUUUUGGUGCUAAACAAGUCAUUGGAAGUGAUGAAAAUGGAACUCAGGAAUUUUUCGAAGCCUUCAAGUUUUUGGAGAAUUUUCGAGACUCGGCAAGGAUUGCAAUGGAAGAUAACUGCGAUAAUAGGAUCAAGAUGAUGUUUAAUAGGUUGUGAAUGGUUUUGAGGUUAUGUGGUUUAAAAUUUAAUAGUUUUUCCAUUUUAAUAGUUUAUGUUCAAUAGAUUAAUUUCGAAGUACUAGAUUAAUUUCGAAUUACUAGAUUAAUUUUGAGGUACUUGAUUUUUUGAAAGUAGUACUAGACUAGCUUUGUAUUCAUGAAUAAUUUUAAAAAUAUCACAUCAAAAAUAAAGGAC